AUGAUAAGCAAGCUGCUAUUAUUUCUUUGUUUCGGUGUAUUAAAAUCAUUUAGUGUAUCGCAUACGGAAACCGCGAGCAAACGAAAUGAUACAGUGUCAAAUGAAGUACAAAGUGAACGGAGCAGUUUGGCUUUUGUGUUCGACACUACCGGAUCUAUGCACAACGAUUUGACACAGUUAAGGGAGGGGGCGGAAAUGAUCCUGAACACCGCUUUGGACGAAAGCAACAUCAUUGAUAACUUCGUAUUUGUGCCAUUCCACGACCCUGGAGUGGGGCCUCCGACGGUUACAAAGAGCAAAGACGUUUUUAAGGCAGCUCUGAACGUGGUCAAUGUGUACGGCGGCGGGGACUGCCCUGAAAACUCAUUGGGUGGUAUUAUGAUGGCACUCACGGUUAGCCAUCCGAGGUCCUUUCUUUAUGUGAUGACUGAUGCCACAGCCGCCGACCACAGACUCGUCGGGAAAGUACUCGAUUUAGUUCAGCGGAAGCAAAGUCAGGUAGUUUUUGUGUUGACCGGCCAUUGCGAUGACCUUCACAAACCCACGUACCAGGUGUACCAGCAGAUAGCAGCUGCCAGCUCCGGACAAGUCUUCAAUCUGAACAAAACAAGCGUUCACGAGGUACUAAAUUUCGUGAAGAGUUCAUUGAAAGGCAAUACCGUAAAUCUAGUUUCUGCGGUCAAAACGGCGGGACAUAAUUACACUAAAGUGAUUCCAGUGGACAAAUCAGUUGGGGAAGUAACGGUAUCGGUGUCUGGUGCCAAGCCUCAUAUCAAGGUGGUCAAUCCGAACGACGAAGAAUUGACUGGACCACCCAAACUCUUGAAAAUACUAGAUCUGUCGGAGAUCAUGGUGGUGAAAGUUUUAGAUCCAGAACCAGGUACUUGGAGCAUAUCAGUGGGCAGCGAGAAGGACUACUCUGUUAAAGUCGUUGGCCUCUCCAAUCUCACUUUCAACUACGGCUUCUCGUUGCAAAGACCGACUUCUAUGGCUGAAACCGGUUACAGACCAUUGAAAAGGACCUACAACCACAUGAUGCUAUCGCUGUCAGAAACAGAUGUUCCUAUAUAUUUAGAGUACGCCGAGAUCGUGGAUUUGGAAGGAAGGACUUUGUUCGAAGUGCCAUUGAAAUCGGAUACAGAGAAUAACUUGUACUGGGCUGAUGCAUUUGUACCGCCAGACGACUUCUUUUAUAUCGCUAUAAACGGACGCGAUGAAAACGGGCAAGAAUUUCGAAGAGUUGGCACAACGGCUGUACAAGCGAGAUUACCAGAAGUACCAUAUUUAACCGCACCCCGUAAGGUGGUAGCCCGCGCGCAUUCCAGAGUAGUUCUAACGUGUAAAGUGGAGAGCAUGGUUCCCGUUACGGCUCGGUGGACGAAGAAACCGAACCAAAAGUUUCCGGAGGUAUCUAGUUUACACACGACCACGAUUGAGCACGUGAUCGAAGACAUGAAGGAGGAAAACGUGGGAACCUACACGUGUAACGCUGACAACGUUGCCGGCGUCAGCAGAAUAUUAGUCCGGGUGGUUCUUCUUGUGGACCCACCGGAAGUAUUGAUCGAACCAAAAAACAAAACUUUGGAAGUCGGAGAUGACCUCAACGUAACAUGCACGGCGAUCAGUGAGGCCUUACUGCUGAAACAUCGACUUAUCUUCAAAGGGAAGGACUUUGAAAACUCGACCGAUAUUCAUUUGGAGCCAAACAUGGAAGGUUAUUACGCUGCCAAUAUAAUCAUACGAAACGUGACAGAGAAGUAUGCUGGAAACUACACCUGUCUAGCAAGUAAUAGAGGUGGCGAAGCAAACCAAACAACAUACAUAAAAAUCAAUGCAAAACCAAAAUCCCGAAUAUUAGGUCCGCACACGCUGUCCCCACAACUGAACACUGAUGUGCAGCUCGUGUGUCAUGUCGACAACGCGGAGUCCGUGCAGUGGCUGGCUCCCAACGGGACUGCGGUGAGGGAGCGGUCCGUGGACCACAGCUCUGAUGACGUUCUCGACGUGAGGAGCGUUAGUGAAGAUGGUCAGUGGACUUGUGUGGCCCGUCGAGGAUACUUUAAUGUGUCAGAUUCGGUGUCAAUAAGCGUUCAAAUUAAACCAAGGGUGACUAUAAUUGGAUCCAAGAGCAUCACCAUAUUAAAUGGGACGACCUAUGACGUCACUUGUGAAGUACUAGCCAAGCCUCCCCCUAGAGUUGUAUGGCACAGGGAGACAGAGAAGUUUCUGAACUGUAGCACGUCACUGAUUGCGUCUAAUCUAUAUCGGAGCGUGCUGCGUCUGGACAGCAGCAAGGAGCCAGUGAACGGCACGUACUUCUGCUUCGCAGAGAACUCCGACGGUAUAUCCCAGGACAGCGUCGCCGUGCGCGUCCGGACACAGAUGCGUCUGCGCCACGGAUUCAAUAAUACGCAAUUACAAUUGUAUUCGCAAAUGGAUCUCCGUUGUGACGUGGAUUCCCUGCCGGCGCCCGUAACGAGAUGGUUCCACAACCGAACCGAGCUGCAGAACGACACCAACACGAUCAUCUCGAGCGACAACGCGUCUCUACAUAUCAACAGAAUGGAUUUCUCCAACUUCGGACGGUACACUUGUGUAACCGACAAUGGAUAUGAAAAAAUGUCAGUUGAUGGCACUAUUAGCGCAAUUAUAGUAGAUCCACCGCGAGUGUCGAUAGAGCCUGAAAACAAAACCAUUGACGCUGGAGAGGAUCUGAACGUGACAUGCACGGUGGUCAGCGAAGCGUCAUUUCUUAAACACCGACUGGUCUUCAAAGGGGACAACUUCGAAAACUCCUCCGAAAUACCCCCAGAACCGGACACGGGGGGACGUCACUCUUUCAGUGUUAUCAUACGCAACGUCACGGAGAAGUACACUGGGAACUAUACGUGCUCAGCAAUUAAUGCAGGAGGUGAAGCGAACAAAACAACCUACAUCAAGAUAAACCCAAAACUGAAAUCCCAAAUAUUAGGUCCGCACGCGCUGUCCCCACAACUGAACACUGAUGUGCAGCUCGUGUGUCAUGUCGACAAUGCGGAGUCCGUGCAGUGGCUGGCUCCCAACGGGACUGCGGUGCGGGAGCGGUCCGUGGACCACAGCUCUGAUGAUGUUCUGGACGUGAGGAGCGUUAGUGAAGAUGGGCUGUGGACUUGUGUGGCCCGUCGAGGAAACCUUAAUGUGUCAGAUUCGGUGUUAAUAAACGUUCAAAUUAAACCGAGGGUGACUAUAAUUGGAUCCAAGAACAUUACCAUAGUAAAUGGGACGACCUAUGACGUCACUUGUGAAGUACUAGCCAAGCCUCCUCCUAGAGUUCUAUGGCACAGGGAGACAGAGAAGUUUCUGAACUGUAGCACGUCACUGAUUGCGUCUAAUCUAUAUCGGAGCGUGCUGCGUCUGGACAGCAGCAAAGAGCCAGUGAACGGCACGUACUUCUGCUUCGGAGAGAACUCCGACGGUAUAUCCCAGGACAGCGUCGCUGUGCGCGUCCGAACACGGAUGCGUCUGCGCCACGGAUUCAAUAAUACGCAAUUACAAUUGUAUUCGCAAAUGAAUCUCCGAUGUGACGUGGAUUCGCUUCCGGCGCCCGUAACGAGAUGGUUCCACAACCGAACCGAGCUGCAGAACGACACCAACACGAUCAUCUCGAGCGACAACUCGUCUCUACAUAUCAACAGAAUGGAUUUCUCCAACUUCGGACGGUACACUUGUGUAGCCGACAAUGGAUAUGAAACAAUGUCAGUUAAUGCAACAGUAACGGUCACUGGGUUAGAAUUUCCCGUAAUAUCGAAAGGGAUCAAGAGCCAAGCUGCCCGUAAAGGAAAUUCAACAAAUAUCACAUGUAGUGUCUUAAAAGGAAGUCCGGUUCCAACUAUAACGUGGAUGUACAAAAACGAUACUACGAAAGGAUUCGUCAACUUGCCCACGGACGGUAUCGAUCGGGGAAAUUUAAGUAUUUCAAAUGUCACGUUGGAACAUUCUGGCAUCUAUAGAUGUGUCGCUGAAAAUGUUAUAGGAAAAGAUACGCACGAAAUCGAAUUGGUGGUUCAGUAUGCUCCUCAAUUGGCACCACUGAUUAGUGAGGUAGGAGACGGGCCACGCGUAGUAGAAGUCGGUAAACGAGUAGUGUUCUCGUGUAACGUAACUGGCUUCCCUCCGCCGGUCGUAGUGUGGACGAGAAAUGGACUACCCGUUGUUUAUUCGAAAAAUGUCCAUUUAAAUGAAUCCCAAGCUUUGAUAAUAGAAAAUGCGACAGACCACGAAGCCGGCUCGUACAUUUGCAAUGCGACCAGUGCGCUGGGAUCGACUCACAGAAAUUUCACGCUCAAAGUUUAUGUGAGUCCAAAGAUCUUACCGAUAAAUUCGGAACCUAUACAGCAAUUCUUAGAAGGCCAACUAGUAGAGUUGCCGUGUAAAUCAAAGGGCCUGCCGGUGCCGCGGGUGGAGUGGACCCACAACGGAGACACCAUACUUGAUGAUAGAAGACACAUCGACGAAGAUGGACUUAGGUUCGUGGCGAAUAUAACGGACUUCGGGAAUUACACGUGUGUUGCCAGGAAUGAAUAUGGAAGCGAUUCAAUAUCAUAUUCUUUGUAUAUUUGGGUGACACCGAGAAUAGAGCCUCCGCUUGAGACGACGAAACAAGUACUGUCAGGUGACAAUGUGACCUUACAGUGUGACGUCAUGGGCUUCCCCAUCCCUAAUGUAAUAUGGGAGUAUGAAGGGAAAUCUCUCACUGAAAAUACAACAACGUUAAGUUUCAAUGACUACGGUAAUCUGUACAUAGUGAACGCUAGUGUCGAGACAGAAGGAGUUUACAGUUGCAUCGCUGGUAACAUCGCCGGUGUUGCCGUGAAGACGAUUUUCCUUAGCGUUAAUGAACCACCGAAAAUUCUAGAAGAUAAUUAUACCGGCCCGUAUGUGGCCACCGAUAUGGAUCAUUCAUUGACAAUAUAUUGUUCCGCAACCGGCAAACCUAAGCCGUAUGUCCUUUGGUCUAAGGACGAGUUUUAUUUGAAUCACGAUCCUCGUUACGACGUGGACUUCAAUGGUAGGUUAACGAUACAGUCGCCCGCCGAGGAGUUGAGCGGAAACUACACUUGCGAAGCCAGGAACAAGUUCGGUUAUACGAACAAGACAGUCGAAGUAAACAUUUAUUCCGUGCCCAAACAAGUACAAUCAGCUGAAAGCUAUGCGAAGGUGACAGCACUCGAAGGAACCGACAUUGUCAUCGCGUGUCCCAUCCGAGCUACAAACGUGCGAUCAAUAUCAUGGUACAAGGAAGCGAAAUUAAUAUCAAAAGGUGAUCUUCAGUUAAAAAACGUUUCGCGAAAUGACACGUCCGUGUACGCGUGCGUCGCGACGAACACUGCGGGCAGCGCGCACGCGUCCGUAGCGCUCGACGUGCAAUGGCCGCCCGCGUUCGUGACGAGGGUAGAGGGAAAUAUUGAGGUGAUCAAAGGAGAGGACGCGUGGUUCAGCUGUGCAGUCGACGCUAAGCCUUUGGCUAAGAUAAAAUGGUUAUUCAAUUCUAAGCCGUUGAUCUUCGAGGAUAAAGAUGUUUUUAAAGUAUUAAACGCACAACAAAGAAACGCGGGCGUUUAUAAAUGUGUUGUUAGCAACAUUCAUGGAACUAUAAUCAAGGCGUUCAAAUUGUCCGUUCUGGAGCCUCCAUACCUAAUGGAAUUUGACUUUUUGGAUGUCUUGCUGAAGGAAGGGAGUAAUGCUACACUUGAGUGUGUGGCUAAAGGAGUUCCCGCACCGACUGUCCAAUGGAUCUAUAACAACACUCAGUGGGUGGCAGACGGUCCAGCCAUAACCAGCACGAAUACAACAACGGAAGCAGAAGGCCUGUAUCGGUGCGAGGCCGCGAACAAAGCCGGGAGCGCGCACGUGGUCUACAGGGUGGUGGUGCUCGCGGCGCCCUCUGUGCUCCACGUCACGUCCUACAGCGACGGACGCGGGAACACCGUCGACGAAGCCGUCGAAGUUAUCCUCAACAAACGUGCCAGAAUAUCGUGUAAAGCCAAAGGGAGACCGGAACCCAUCGUACAGUGGUUCAAGAACGGUCGCGUCGUUGGACAAAAUCUACCGGGAAUUAGCAGCGCCGAUGUGGUACUGGAUAGCGUGCAGGCCUCACAUGCCGGGGCCUACACGUGUGUCGCCACUAAUGAAGGCGGUAGUGAUCAGAAGCGAAUCAGACUUGAGGUCUUAGAAAAACCAAACAUAUUCCGCACGAUUUUCCAAAGCGACAACAUAACGAGUAACACGAUUAAAUUAGACGUGUUAGUGGGGCAAGCGUUUUAUAUCCACUGCCACCCGACGGGCAGCCCGCCGCCGGACAUCUACUGGUUCAAAGACGGGCUCCCGCUGAUGCUGUACGAUGACACUAUGGUGUCGACUGAAUUCAACGAGGUCCUAGUCUCGAAGGCCGCUCUGGAGGACCAGGCCGGGAACUAUACCUGCAUCGUGAGGAAUAAGGUUGGCAAUAACAGCGUCAAUUAUCUAGUUGACGUCUUAGUGCCUCCGCCAAUACAGAAAGAGAAAACGAAACGGGUGUCAGCUCGCCUGGGAAUGUCUGUGGUACUGACAUGUCCGGUGGAGGGCAGUCCCCUACCAGACGUGAUGUGGAUUAAACACCCUUACACCGAAAUAGCCGAGGGCUCUGAUAAAAUGUCGCUCUCUGAUGACAAUGUUACUCUGAUAAUAAACAACACUGACGUAUCGGAUGGCGGGAAAUACUCGUGCGUGAUGACAAACAAGGUUGGCACCACUGAAGUCGUGUUCGACGUGAUCAUAUUAAAGGCGCCGUCCAUUGCCGCUAAUGUAGGAGGUAGCGCGAUAGAAAGACACGUUGUACCAUUGAAAAGGAGCGUUGUACUCAAAUGCGAAGCGGACGGUCACCCGGCACCGAAAAUUACUUGGUUAAAGGACACGCAGCGUCUGAGCGAGAGUGCGUCGAACGUCGUGCGCGUCCUCGGCAACAGCUUGCUCUACGUCCGGGGCGGGUCCUCCCGCGACGCCGGCCACUACAUCUGCGUGGCGGAGAACGAGGCCGGCACCGCGCACCGGAGGUACAACCUCGCCGUGCAGGUCCCGGGCAAAUGGAGCGAUUGGUCUAAAUGGUCUUACUGCAACGUCACGUGCGGCCCUGGAUACCAGUUCCGGUCCAGAUCGUGUCACUACAUCGACGAAUACAACAACACCAUAGAUAAUACAACUCAGUCGGACACGGUCAUAGUUGACGAGAGCGCGUGCAAGGGACAGAGUGGGGACAAACGAAAAUGCAGGAUGCCACAAUGUGAGGAUGAAGAGAGCCAUCCGAAGUGGUCAGUGUGGUCGCGCUGGUCGCAGUGCAGCUCGAGCUGCGGCUCCGGGACGCAGACCAGGACAAGACGGUGCCGGACCAAGGUCAAAUGUACCGGGGACAAUGUUCAAGUUAGGAAAUGUCCCGAUCUACCGAAAUGCGAUAAUACGGCGGAUACGACGAGUACUUCUGAUAAUGACGUUUUGGACAGACAGACACACCACAACGACGAUGAAGUGUAUACUCCGGAGGCAGUCUACGAAAUGGAACCAGAGAUAAUAAAAUCUAAGUAUUCGCCUAACGUUGAACAGUUCUACGUGGCGGCGGGAACACGAGCGACGACAGCCUACUAUGACGUCAACGUCACCAGCAACCUCGACCGAAGCGAGAGAGGCCGCUGCAACCCAGGGUACACGUACGAGCGGACCACGGACACGUGCCACGACAUAGACGAGUGCAAGAUCGACUACAAUGAGUGCCACGCGACCCAGUACUGCGUGAACACGGCGGGCGCCUACCGUUGCACGUGUCCCGCCGGCUACCUCGCACUGGGGCUCGGACAACGCUGUCUAGAUAUAAACGAGUGCGUCCAAGGUAUAGCUGGAUGCGAGUUCGCGUGCGUGAACACGGCCGGCGGGUACGUGUGCGCCUGCCCCAAGCACCUGCGGCUGCACAUCGACAAACACAGAUGCGUGCCCCCGCCUUCAUACAAUGACCCAUAUUACACGGAUGAAAACGAAGACUACUAUAGCACGGCCACAGAUUAUCCUACAAGAUACGUAACGAGGAAGAGAAAUUAA